AUGAGAAGAAGUGAAAUUGUCAACGGUGUUGGUAGAGAUAGACGUGGAGAACGAAGUGAACGUGAACGUGAACGUAUUGAAAGAAACGAUCGGAAUGAACGAAGAUCAGAUCGUGAUAGGCCUCGGAGAGAUGUGCCUUCUGAUAGGGAGGAUAGGCAUUAUUAUCAUUCUGAAAGACCUUUAAGACAUGAAAGAGCUAAUGAUCGUGAUCGAGAACAUGGUCAUCGCCGGAGUCGAGAAGAAGAUGAACGGCGAAGGCGUCGUAGAGAUGAAGAAUACGCUCAGAAUGAGCGGAAUCAUGACAUGGUGCAUUCUCUUGGGUCAGGUCGUCCAGAAAGAGAGAGAGAUGAACGUCCGGACCGUAUUAAUCGUGAUCGGCGUAGUGGGAGAGAAGAUUGGUAUAGACGGAGUAGAAGCCCACGUUAUCGUGGUCGGGAGCCUACUCCUGAUCUUACAGAUAUUGUGCCUAUUAAUGAGCGCCGGCGCAGAAUGAGUAUGUGGGAUGUAAAACCUACUGGAUAUGAAGCAAUUACAGCAGAACAAGCAAAAAUGUCUGGUCUAUUUCCAUUACCAGGAGCACCAAGACAAUCUAUGAUGGAUUUAUCUAAACUUUCUACUGUACAUAAAGGACCAGGUGCUAUGAAUAUUCCUAAUCCGCAGGCCUUGCAGCCUUUGCAAUCUAGACAAUCCAGAAGGAUACAUGUUGGGAAUAUUCCUCAACCAAUUGAUGAAGAACAUCUUGUAAACUUUUUUAAUGAUACAAUGAGUUGUCUUAAUGUCACAACAUCUGGUGACAAUCCUGUCAUAAGUGCCCAAGUUAAUCAUGAAAAAGGAUAUGCGUUUCUUGAAUUUCGACAACCUGAAGAUGCAACCGUUGCUAUUGGAUUUGAUGGAAUUUCAUACAUGAAUAAUUCAUUAAAAAUUAGGCGACCAAUGGAUUACAUUGUUCCUCAAAUGCCUACUGAUGAUGGUUCAUAUGUUCCAGGAGUAAUUUCAACAAACUUUACAGAUACACCUAAUAAAAUUCAUAUUGGAGGACUCCCUACAUAUCUUGAUGAUGAGCAAGUUAUCGAACUCCUUAAAUCCUUUGGUGAGCUAAAAGCUUUUAAUUUAAUUAAAGAUGCAGCAACAAAUGAGUCAAAAGGUUUUGCAUUUUGUGAAUAUGUGGAUCCUGAUGUGACGGAUAUUGCGUGUGAGGGUCUUAACGGAAUGGAGCUUGGUGAUAAAAUUUUAGUCGUAAAACGUGCAAGUAUUGGAACAAAGCAGAAACCCAUUUCAACAUCUGGUGGUGGAAUUGCCAGUAUUACUAUGUUAGCAGAAGAAGAGGGUCAAUUACGACCAACACGAGUAUUGCAAAUGUUUAAUAUGGUUACUCCUGAAGAAUUGCAGGAUGAUGAUGAAUAUGAAGAAAUUUCGGAAGAUAUUAGAGACGAAUGCUCGAAAUAUGGAAAAGUAUUAGAUUUAAAGAUUCCUCGAGGUAUUGGUGGUAGCCGUUCAAAUUUUGGUGUAGGAAAGGUUUACGUACGGUUUGAAACAGAAAUGUCCUGUUUAAAAGCAAUGAAAGAUCUUGCUGGUCGGAAAUUUUCAGAUCGUACUGUAUUAACAAGUUUUUAUCCAGAAGAGAAUUACGAAGUAGGAGCUUGGUAG